ACCAGAACAGCAGCCACAUAAGAACGUACUACCCAUAAGAUGAGCGAUGGACCAUCCAAAAGUGGGAGAAUUGCCGCAGGAACGUUCAUUGAGUUUUUCAGAGUCACCGCUAAUGGCACAUAAAACCAUGAAGCAGAAUGAGGUGCCCCAGUGGACCUGGUCCCUCAAGUGGGCGGCCAUUGGAUCUUCAAUCGGAGCGGCUGUUCCAGUGGGAUAUUGCACGGGUGUCAUGAACAGUCCCGCUGAGGUUAUGCGAUCCUGGUGCAACGAGACGUUGAUUGCCCGAUACGAUCUGGAUUUGGGCGAGUCAGGACUGGAGCUACUGUGGUCGGCCCUUGUCUCGAUAUUUCUGGUGGGCGGCGCCAUUGGAUCAGUGGUGGGCGCUACGAUGGCCAAUAGGUACGGACGACGCGGUUGCUUCAACAUUUGUGGCAUUCUUCUCGCCUUGGCAGCCAUUUGCUUCUACGCGUGUCGACCCCUAGAUUCCGUAGAGCUACUCCUGCUGGGGCGGCUGCUAGCUGGUCUAGCCGGCGGUCUUAUAACCGCCUUCAUGCCCAUGUGGCACAGCGAGAUCUCGUCUCUCUCCCAACGCAGCACAUUGGCACCCCUCUGCCCCAUGGGUUUGACCCUGGGUGUGGUGGUGGCCCAGGUUUGUAGCCUUCGUUCGCUGCUUGGAGGUCCUGAGAAUUGGCACUUAUGCCUGGCCUUCUAUGGCCUUCUCGUGGCUGUGUGUUAUGCCCCCUUCAGAUGGUAUCCCGAGAGCCCCAAGUGGAUGUAUGUGGUCAGGGGGCGCAAGGAUGAGGCACGUCGCCAGCUGCAGCAGCUGAGGGGCUACACAGCUGGUAGCGCCGCCCUGCAGGCAGAGAUCGAUGAAAUGGAGAUGGAGGCUGCCUCAAAGGUGGAAGCACUUGGACUGGUGCAAGUGCUAAGCGAUCCUCAAUACCGUCUGCCAUUGAUCAUCGUGUGCGCCUUCCUAGGUGGCCAACAGUUGUCGGGCAUUAAUGCAAUCUUCUUCUACUCCGUCUCGAUCUUCCGCAAGGCGGGUCUGUCCAUCCAGGCAUCGCAAUGGGCCAACUUGGGUGCAGGUUCCCUGAAUUUAGCCACCUCCAUGCUGGGCCCCAUUUUGCUGGAACGUUUAAAUCGACGACCACUGAUGCUCUUCUCCACAUUCUUCUGCACUGUCUUUCUUUUCUUAUUUGCCAUGAUGCUCUAUUUUAUUGAGAGCUUUAGCUGGUUUGCCAUGGGCUGCAUUGGCUGUAUUUUCCUGUACAUAUUCUUCUUUCAGUUCGGACUGGGCCCCAUGCCCUUCUUUAUCGGAGCAGAAUUGUUUGAACUUGCUCCCCGUCCAGCCGCCAUGUCACUGGGUAGCGUGGUUUACUGGAUCUGUAACUUUAUCAUUGGUAUGGCCUUUCCCACGUUGCAGAACGCCUUUGGCGCCUUGGUCUUCUUACCCUUCUCAGUGGCCUGCCUGCUGCUCUUUGGCCUUACAAAACGCUACUUGCCAGAGACGCGGGGACGUGAGCCUUCCGAGGUGGCUCCGCUUGUCGCCUCAGGUUUUAAGUCAAAAGUUCUUCUCAACCAUCAGGCGGUGAGCCAAUCGUAGACCAAACAUAUUAUUCUACCAAGGCUCUUGGCCGGAAAACUGAUUGAAUAAACGUUUAGGAAAACAGUUAA